CCCUGGAUGGGGGGAAGCGAUACGGAUGGCCAACUGGGCGGUGGCAUGCGUGGUUCGCGCCAUACGCGCCCUGGGUCUGGAGGUCUCGCCGCACAAGUCGGAGGCCGUCUUCUUCCACGACGGCCUCCGCGGUGCACCGCCUCCAGCCCAGAUCAUGGUGGGGAACGUCCCUGUCCCGGUGGGGCCCAGUAUUAAGUACUUGGGCCUCACACUGGACGGCCGCUGGUCGUUCGAGGACCACUUCGUGGAGUUGGCCCCCCGGUUGGAGCGGUUAGCGGCGGCAACCAGCCGCCUGAUGCCCAACCUGGGGGGCCCGAACGAGAAGGCUCGCCGCCUAUACGCGGGAGCGAUCCGGUCGGUGGCCCUGUCCGGGGCACCGGUGUGGGCGGACGAUUUGGCGGUCACCAGGUGGCCGCCCGUGUCGCCCGUACGUACUGGACCGUUUCCCAUAGGGCGGCGACGGCACUGGCCGGCACCCCCCCCAAUCGCCCUGCUGGCGCCCGCGUACGCGGACGCGUACGAGCGGGUGCGGCAGGCGCGGGAAAGGGGUGCCCGUUUAACGGCCAGGGCCAAAGAGGUCCUUGGACGACAGGCGAGGCAACAGGCGCUGCUUGCAUGGCAGCGCCAAUUGUCCGACCCGACAAUCCGGUCGGGUCGGCGGGUUGCCGAGGCCGUCCAUCCCUGCCUGGCUGAGUGGCUGGACAGGGAUCGGGGCGGAGUGACGUUCCGCAUGGCUCAGGUGCUCUCCGGACAUGGGUGCUUCGGGGAGUACCUGAGCCGUAUAGGGCGCGAGCGCGGACCGCGCUGCCACCACUGCGGCGCGGACCAGGACACGGCGCAGCACACGCUGGAGGCGUGCCCGGCGUGGGCGGAGAGGCGCCGUGUCCUGGUCAAUGAGAUCGGCGGUGACCUCUCCCUCCCGGCGAUCGUACGCGAGAUCGUUGGGAGCGAGAGGUCCUGGAAGGCUUUCUCCUCCUUCUGCGAGGAAGUCAUCUCGCGGAAGGAGGAAGCGGAAAGGACGCGGCAGGCGGCCGAUCCUGCCCCGCGGCGGGGCGGAAGGGGGGCGAGGGACGUCGGCAGACGGCGGCGGCGGCGGCCGCCCAGCUGACCUCGCCGGGGGGGUCAGGUUUAACUCCCCCUCACCCCCUCUAAGAGGAACGAGGCGGCAAACCUGGAAGAGGGGGACGGGGCCACGCGUACAAGUGGCCCCCUCCCGGGUUAGGAGGCGGGGCCGGCACAGCCUUAAGCUGUGUCGGCGUCUUUUGGGGGGACGGGGGUAUCGGGCGGGUGACAGAGCACCUUUAUCGAAGUGCUCUGGGGGGUAGGUCUGUGUGUGGUACACAGGCCGUCCCCACGCCGGGCCGGCGGGGCAUCUGCCCGGGCCUGCGUUCACUCGCCCGAUACAACACGGCAUUGCAUCCGGCAAUGUCGUGUGCGCGGCGGGUCCACGGUGGGGGCUGGGAGCCUGGCCAUCG